AUGAGGAUGGGUGAUUUGAAACAAACAGAAACGGGAGCUGUGAGCGACACGGUGGAGAAGAUGAAAACCUCACUGAGCAGAGCACUGCCAAUUCUCCGUAUCCUGUCAGUAAGAGACAUGGUGAAGCUGAAGCUCUCAUUGCUUUAUGAUCGACUGUGCAGCAUGCUGCCAACUCACUUCUCAUCAGUGAUUGCUGCAUCAUGGACGUUCAUUUACUCAUGGAAGAACAAACCUGUGCAUCAGUUUUCCCUUUCAGAUUAUGAAAAACUGAGGACUGAAUUAGAACUCGUGAAGCGACAACACUACAAAGUUGAUGUCACCCUGAAUGCUGACACAGCUCACCCCAGACUGGAAGUGUCUGAAGAUGGGAAGAGCGUGAAUGAUACCGGUGUGAUCAGACAGGUGCCCAGCAAGGAGGAGAGAUUUGAUUCCCACAUUUUUGUGUUGGCAAAGGAAGGAUACACAUCUGGAAGAAAAUACUGGGAAGUGGAUGUUGGAAAGAGAAGAAACUGGAUCUUGGGUGUUGCUUCUGAGUCUGUGGCUCGUAAAGGGACUGUGAACCUGUCCCCAAAGAAUGGCUUCUGGGUCAUAGGGUUAACAGAUGGGGAAGAGUAUUGGGCCCACACGGAUCCUUGGACUCGUUUGACAGCGAGUGGUAGACCACAGAAGAUUGGGAUCUUCCUGGACAUCUCUGCCAACAAGCUCUCAUUUUAUAAUGCCAAAAAGAAAUCAGCUUUGUACACUUUUACCAGUAUUGGUGAUAGCAGACUGGAAAGGAAAUUCGUUCCCUUCUUCUCAACAGGUUCUGGUGUCUCAGCGCUUGAUACUGAGCCAUUGAAAAUCGUGCAAGGGUUUGAUGAUGACUGGUUGUAUGACUAAAAUUCACACCGUGAGACCAGACUGUAGUCAAAAAAAGCCCCUGAUUUUGUAUUUUCCAAGAGAAACUGUCUACACAUCCCAUUAUUUUUG